GAGAACACUUUCAACAUCGCGUCGUUCGCGUAAGCGCACUGGACGCGUCGAGUCCGAACGCUUUUCACCGGUUGGCAAUUUACCAAUUGCAACAUUCCUACUAGUACGCCAUGCCUGCCCAGGAGAACCUUGCACUAGCAUCAGCUGGUGCCAAAAUAUCUAUGGCCACGUCGUGGCACCUCGUUCACAAGGCAGAGAAUACCAUUGACAGCAAUAACAAGACCUUUUGGGUAACCACAGGGCUCUUUCCUCAUGAGUUAAUACUCACUCUACCCCAAGUGGUUACUGUCCGAAAAAUCAUUAUAACGAGCAUGAAAGUGGCACGCUGGACUGUGGAAUCGUCCGUUGCAGAGAAACCACAACUAUUUGAGCCAUUUACUGAACAAGAUGUGGAGGAUGCGGAUCAAUCGAUCCAAACGGUGACGCUACUUUCGUCCAACCCGGAGACUUUGGCUCGCCAUCUACGACUCAUCAUUGCAAAAGGCCACGCCCCCUUCACAUCGGUUCACAAAGUAAUUGUGUAUGGUGACCCGGUAUCGAGUGCAGGCUAAAUACAUGAGUCCCUUGUUACCACCAUUCCCUAUCUUACUGUCGACUACUCCUACAACUUCAAAUAUAUGC